GUUAAGAAAGCUGUGCAACAGGAAGGCUUCAGCAGAAGGAAGCGAGGAUAUAGAGACAUCAAUGACAUUGACAUCAACAUGAAUGAUCCUUUAUUUACGAAGCAAUGGUACCUGAUUAACACUGGUCAAGCAGAUGGGACUCCUGGACUUGACCUUAAUGUAGCUGAAGCAUGGGAGCUGGGAUACACAGGGAAGGGAGUAACCAUAGGAAUUAUGGAUGAUGGAAUUGAUUAUCUGCAUCCUGAUCUUGCAUCAAAUUACAAUGCCAAAGCCAGCUACGACUUCAGCAGUAACGAUCCCUACCCCUACCCCCGCUAUACAGAUGACUGGUUUAACAGCCAUGGGACAAGGUGUGCGGGAGAGGUGUCUGCUGCUGCCAACAACAACAUCUGCGGCGUGGGAGUUGCGUACAACUCUAAGGUGGCAGGUAUUCGAAUGCUCGACCAGCCAUUUAUGACAGACAUUAUUGAGGCUUCCUCUAUCAGUCAUAUGCCUCAAGUCAUAGAUAUAUACAGCGCCAGCUGGGGACCAACUGAUAAUGGAAAGACAGUGGAUGGACCUAGAGAGCUAACGCUGCAAGCAAUGGCAGAUGGUGUGAAUAAGGGCCGGGGCGGCAAAGGAAGCAUCUAUGUCUGGGCCUCUGGAGAUGGGGGCAGCUAUGAUGACUGUAACUGUGAUGGUUAUGCAUCGAGCAUGUGGACAAUCUCCAUCAAUUCUGCUAUAAACGAUGGACGGACAGCGCUGUAUGAUGAAAGCUGCUCUUCCACCUUAGCUUCCACCUUUAGUAAUGGAAGAAAGAGAAAUCCAGAGGCUGGCGUGGCUACAACGGAUUUGUACGGCAACUGCACCCUGCGUCACUCGGGAACAUCUGCAGCUGCCCCUGAAGCAGCCGGAGUGUUCGCCUUGGCCCUGGAGGCUAACUUGGAUCUGACAUGGAGAGACAUGCAGCAUCUGACAGUGCUCACCUCCAAGAGGAACCAGCUUCACGAUGAGGUUCAUCAAUGGCGUAGAAAUGGCGUUGGGCUGGAAUUCAACCAUUUGUUCGGCUACGGUGUCCUUGACGCGGGAGCAAUGGUUAAGAUGGCAAAAGACUGGAAGACUGUUCCUGAGAGAUUCCAUUGUGUUGGAGGGUCAAUACAGGAACCUGAAAAGAUACCACCAAGCGGCAAGCUGAUCCUCACACUUACAACUGAUGCUUGUGAGGGGAAGGAAAACUUUGUCCGAUACCUUGAACACGUUCAAGCAGUUAUAACUGUGAAUUCAACUAGGCGAGGAGACCUCAACAUCAACAUGACCUCGCCGAUGGGAACAAAGUCCAUUUUACUGAGCCGGCGUCCCAGGGAUGACGACUCCAAGGUGGGUUUUGACAAGUGGCCUUUCAUGACCACACACACUUGGGGAGAAGACCCCCGCGGCACCUGGGCUCUAGAGAUUGGGUUUGUCGGCAGUCUGCCCCAGCGGGGCGUGCUGAAGGAGUGGACACUGAUGCUGCAUGGGACUCAGAGCGCACCAUAUAUAGACCAAAUAGUAAAAGAUUAUCAGUCCAAACUGGCCAUGUCCAAGAAGGAAGAGCUGGAAGAAGAAUUGGAUGAAGCAGUGGAGAGAAGCCUGAAGAGUAUACUGAGCAAGAACUAGUGCCGUUCUGCAUGAUGGUGUCUGUCCUUCCCUGGGUCCCGCUAUUCACCUUUCUACUAUCCAAACCUAUGUGUUAGACAUAUUCCAAUGAUUGUCUCUGUAGCCAACUUAUCACACUUUCUUGAUUUUAAAGUCUUAGUAUCUCAUCAAUAAUUAUUUUAAUUACCACUGAAGCGAUCCUUUUUUUACUCUAAACCACAAAUAUACUAUCCCCCACCGAAUACUAUGUACAGUUUGUGACUGUAAAUGAUUUUUCUUUUGUGUCAUAUGAAUAGGUAAUAACCCGCAAAGAAGCCAAUGGCUUUUUCCCUUCAUAUUUUUGUGGUAAAUGUUGUUUGUAU